GUAAAAUGCAAUCCAUGUGGAUCUUCGUUUUAUUGGCGUCCACCGCAUCCCUUGUGCUGUGCUCCGAGUACGAGGAAUACGAAACACCAGUGGACAGCUACGAGAUGGCGGAUUACAUGUCUAAGCAUGCUGCAAUUCUGAUCCCACGACGUCUAGUACUAACCCAAGACGUAACGCCACUAGAGAGCAUCCAGUCGAGAAUUCUGAAGAGAAGAGCUAUGCCAGAAGAUGGCUUCAAAAAACGUGCAACACCAUCUGCUGACCGACUCGCCGCAAUUCCCCGUUCAGGUUUAAUGAUCUCUGGUCGUGGAUGGAUGCCAGGAUUUGUGGAUCAGCCGCGUGUUUUUAAACGAUCACUGUCCCUGCAUAAUAUUUUGGUACGACCGAUGAACGUUCCCGUAAACUAAUCUACUUUUUCUUCAUCGCAUCACUUCAUUUCUUACUUCAACUCGCCCCAAAUCCAGUGUCCAACAUUCCAUGCGUGCAAAAACAAAACUGUCAACACAAAAACAACAUUUGAAAUGCCCCCCUCUUCAUCAAAGUCAAUUCCAUUUAAAUUAUGAGUAAUACGUCAUCUUUCCAAUAAAUCGUUGUGUUAU